AUGGCGGACUUUGCCAAAGACAAGCGAAACAUGACUCCAUCUACCAUGCCGGAGAAGAAGAGUUGGUGGUCUCGGAUGCUGCGAGUGUCAUCCCAACAGCAACAGCAACAGCAACAGCAACAGCAACAGCAACAGCAACAGGAGCAGCACGAAGACCGGCCCCCGCCCGAAGAGCAAGACGGCCGCAAGCCAUCUACUUCAUCGCACUCGUCUUCCCAAUCACGUUCCGCCCGGCGCAGGCGAAGCAUCAGUGACUUGGCUCACCAUCUGGUGCAGUCACGAAAGCAACAUACCAAGACGUUGACUCUCCAAACCAUGGUCAGACUGAGUGGGCAGUCCUGGCUCAGCUUACCCCCCGACUUCGCCCCCGGGUCUCUCGUCCUGCCGACGUGUCUCCGGGCAACGGCUCAGUACUUGGCCGAGCAUGGCACCACGACUCCUGGUAUCUUCCGUAUCCCGGGGUCCCAUCGCACUAUCAACUCAUUGUACGAUUACUACUGCUGCGAAAAGAAUCAAGAAGGGGUCACCCAGACUAUCCGCCACCCGAAUCUGCCCGAGCAUAUCAGAGCCGAGGUGCACGACGUCGCUUCUGUCUUUAAACGUUUUCUCGCCGUCCUUCCCGGAGGUAUCAUCGGUUGUGUAGCUGUGUUCGAUGCUCUCGUCGCUAUUCAUACACAACUUCGUGGCAAGGCCGCCGCCGGCCCCGACCAAUCGCGACAGACAAAGCAAAGGGCCCGGCUCAUCGCACUGGCCGUCGGUACACUCAGGUCUCGGUUCCGCCGCGAGCUCGUCUGCGCCGUCUUUGGUCUCCUGUCUCUCAUCGGCCAGCAUACAGAGGAUGCAGCCCAGAAAGACGGCCCGGGAAGCUCUCCGUGUCCAUCCGAACUCAUGGGAUACAGAGCCCUGGGCAUCAUCUUCGGCCCACUCCUGGUGGGGGAGCUGCUUGCCGACUAUGUUAUCAACACUGCUGCUGACCCGUCUGCGGGAUCUCUGCUGGACCCCCUCACGCCAACUAAGCUGAAGAAGGAGCGGCCGCGAAAGGCGUUGAAGACGCCGGAAUGUUCCCAAGUGGUAGACGGUUUGGACAAGAUUCGGCUCGCCAUCGACGCGGCCGAAAUGCUCAUCUCGCACUGGCGGGAGGUGGUGCGGGAAAUGAGGAGCCUGUCCGUGCUUUCAUGUCAGGGUCGCCGCAACGAAGAUGAGGCGAUUAAAAGGGGGAUCCUGAAAUCGGUCAUCUCGGACCGGUUCAUCAUCAAGCAGCCGCGAGGAGGCCCGGGCAUACCGGAUGCGCCAAGGACCAUAUCUGACAACACCUGGACGGACACGCUGUCGAUGAGGCGACUACGGCCCAAACCCUCCGUUGUUUCGUCGCCGGGUCGGAUCUCCACUACAGGCCUUCCUUUCAAAACAGAGCCAAGCCCAGCACGAAUUAGUGUACAGCCGGAAGUGUUGUGUCAGUAUUCGGGCAAAGAAUACGGCGAGGAGUCCAACCACCUUCUGGUACCAAGGCUGUCAGCCUCACCAGUCCAGCCGUUCUCUAAGCACGACGGCGGAAAGGACAACCUUUCGUCACAGGGCUCAGGUUCAGGCCUUGUGGCUGCUCGGUUGCGGCAGUGUAUGGGCACCGGCCCCAGGCAAGAUGGGAGACUCUCUUCCCAUGCCUUGUCCCCCGUCGACGCUGAACGGUCGCAACUGCCUCGUGACAACUCCUAUGGCGCUGGCAAUACGUCUCUCGAGACGGUGGUAUUAGCUCCUCGGACUCUUGAGGAGCGGCGCUGUAGCACAGCCGAGGAGGAAUCGUGGGAGCACUGCUUGCCAUUGGUCCAGGGGACGUCACAGCCCUCGUCCCGGGAAUGUCUUGCCCCUGUUGAAGCACCCGGCAGGAAUAUGCCUCGCCUUGCAGAAACGAAUCCGAACAACGAUAUGCUCACCCCGUCAAAACCGCAAUGUACGCCAACUGGACCGUGUUUUUCCAGCUGCAGAGGAAUGUCGAACCACUCAACCUCAAAGCUAACCAGUGUCAAGGCAAUGGCGGCCAUGUGGGAAGGAGCGGCGAGAGAGUUGCCGGAACCCCCCUCAUCACUGCCCCGGACUCGCAGACGGACCGAUAAUGACGAGAUUGGUGGCACUUCCUGGCCUUGGUCUCGCAGUAAGACACCGCCCAGAUCCGUCCGGUUGAUAAGAUUGACCUACGAUGCGGGUUCGAGCAAGGGCUCUACCAAAGAUGCUACGACGGUUUCGAGAAGACAGACGCCAACGACGCCACGGCACGGGAGUGGCAGUACAGACAUGGGGUUACGAGAAUCAACCGGCGGCGAAGGCUCAUGCGAGCGCACCUCGGGAGGGGUUAAGCAUCUUCCGGUGGUGUCGGAUGGUGAUGCCUCCCUAACUUCGUUGCAUGCACAUGUUGCAAUUCUGAGAGGGCAGCUGUGGGAGGCUAGGCGGGAGUGUGUGAUGUGGAGGGAUCGGGCCGAGGCAGCUGAGAAGCGCGUGGUCAUGCUUGACGGCUUUCAUGGUUUGAAUGGGGGAGAUGCAGACUCUGGGGACGAUGCAGACGAAGAAGGCAGCGGGAGAGAGUCGAGAGACCGCAGUCGAGGUCAACACUGA